AUUUUCCUCGCGACCCAGCACAUCGACGGCCUCACGCUGAUCCCGUCCCACACUUCCUCGUGCGCGCCGUCCCGUCCCUUCAUUGGUCAUAUGGACUCCGGCCGCUCCUCCGCGCGCGCCGCCGGGAUGAUGCACGUCGUGAUCUGCCCGUGGCUCGCCUUCGGACACCUGCUCCCGUGCCUCGACCUCGCCCAGCGCCUGGCGUCGCGCGGCCACCGCGUGUCGUUCGUGUCCACGCCGCGGAACCUGUCCCGCCUCCCGCCGGUGCGCCCCGCGCUGGCGCCGGUCGUCUCCUUCGUGGCGCUGCCGCUCCCGCGCGUCGAGGGGCUCCCCGACGGCGCCGAGUCUACCAAUGACGUUCCCCAGGACAGGCCGGACAUGGUCGAGCUCCACCGGAUUGCCUUCGACGGGCUCGGCGUCUCCUUCUCGGAGUUCUUGCGCACCGCUAGCGCCGACUGGGUCAUCGUCGACGUCUUUCACCACUGGGGCUCUGCCGCCGCCGUCGAGCACAAGGUGCCAUGUGCAAUGCUUUUGCUGAGCUCUGCACAUAUGAUCUCUUCCAUAAGUGAACGACGUCCCGAGAGCGCCGAGUCGCCUGCGGCUGCCGGAGAGGGACGACCGGCGGCGGCGCCAACGUUCGAGGCGGCGAGGAGGAAGUUGAUACGAAAGAAAGACUCCUCGGGAAUGUCCCUCGCCGAGCGCUUCUUCUUGACGCUCUCCAGGAGCAACCUCGUUGUCGUGCGGAGCUGCGCCGAGCUCGAGCCGGAGACCGUCCCGCUCCUGUCGACGGUCCGCGGCAAGCCUGUUGCCUUCCUUGGCCUUAUGCCGCCUUCACCGGACGGCCGCCGCGGCGGCGUCAGCAACGAGGACGGCGAGGACGACACCGUCCGCUGGCUCGACGCGCAGCCGGCCGAGUCCGUCGUGUACGUCGCGCUGGGCAGCGAGGCGCCACUGCUCGUGGAGAAGGUGCACGAGCUCGCGCUCGGGCUGGAGCUCGCCGGCACGCGCUUCCUCUGGGCGCUGAGGAAGCCCGCCGGCGUCUCCGACGCCGACCUCCUUCCCGCUGGCUUCCGGGAGCGCACGGGCGGCCGCGGCCUCGUGGCGACGAGGUGGGUUCCUCAGCUGAGCAUACUGGCGCACGCCGCCGUGGGCGCGUUUCUGACCCACUGCGGCUGGAGCUCGACGAUCGAGGGGCUCAUGUUCGGCCGCCCUCUCAUCAUGCUGCCGAUCUCCGGCGACCAGGGGCCGAACGCGCGGCUGAUCCAGGCCAAGAAGGCCGGGCUGCAGGUGCCAAGAAACGACGGCGAUGGAUCGUUCGACCGAGAGGGCGUAGCUGCGGUCGUUCGGGCCGUCGCGGUGGCGGAAGAAAGCAGAAGAGUGUUUCGAGCCAACGCCAAGAAGCUGCAGGAGAUCGUCGCGGACAUGGCCUGCCAUGACGGCUACAUCGACGGAUUCAUCCAGCAACUGAAAUCUUACAAGGAUUGAAGCAUCAUUAGGCCGUACUGAGAUCAAUGGAAUAAAAUGUUGUCAUUUGCCAGUACACUUCCCCAAA